UCGUUCGCGAAGCAUCGUCGAGUCAGUUCCUGUUGCCCUUACUAGAUAUGGCGUUGGCCAGCGUGUUGGCGAGGCCGCUCUUGGUGAACCGGCACGGAUUUUUCGGACUCGGAGGAGGUACAGAUCUGCAGGACCUUGGUCAGGGAAGUCUCGGUGAUGGGCUGAGCCUGGCCGCGCCCGGCUGGGGCGUCCCAGAGGAGCCACGAAUCGAAAUGCUUCACGGAACCACCACCCUGGCCUUCAAGUUUCGCCAUGGAGUCAUUGUUGCAGCUGAUUCCCGGGCAACAGCGGGGGCUUACAUUGCCUCCCAGACCGUGAAGAAAGUGAUAGAGAUCAACCCUUACCUUCUGGGCACCAUGGCUGGGGGUGCAGCAGAUUGCAGCUUCUGGGAGCGGUUGUUGGCUCGCCAGUGUCGAAUCUAUGAGCUUCGAAAUAAGGAACGCAUCUCUGUAGCCGCUGCCUCCAAACUGCUUGCUAACAUGGUGUAUCAGUACAAAGGCAUGGGGCUGUCCAUGGGCACCAUGAUCUGUGGCUGGGAUAAGCGAGGCCCUGGCCUCUACUACGUGGACAGUGAAGGGAACCGGAUCUCUGGAACUACCUUCUCUGUGGGUUCUGGCUCUGUGUAUGCUUACGGGGUCAUGGAUCGAGGCUACUCCUAUGACCUGGAAGUGGAGGAAGCCUAUGAUCUGGCCUGCCGAGCCAUAUACCAAGCCACCUACAGAGAUGCCUACUCAGGAGGUACAGUCAACCUCUACCAUGUGCGGGAAGAUGGCUGGAUCCGAGUCUCCAGUGACAAUGUAGCUGAUUUACACGACAAGUAUAGUGGAUCUGCCCCCUGAAAGGGUGGAUGUGGCCACUUGCAUUUCUUGGGAUGACUGUCACCCCAUCCCAUGGUGGAAGGUCCACUUACGUCAAUUCCUUUUCUAAAUCUCUGGAACAUACCUGUUUUCAGUUGAUGAGCUCCUGGUGAGGGAGCUGUUUGUUUUACUACCUUGGUUGUUAACAUUACACUACUUGGUUCUCAACCUCA